UCGUCUCGAGAGAGUUCGUGAACCUCUGUUCAGAAACGUAUAACCUGAGAGCAAUCUUCCUUUUCUCUCGGGAAAAUUCCUCUUCACAUUCGACUGUGAGACACGUGAUGCACUUGUCUCCAAUUUGUCACAAAUUCGCUUCAGUCUCUGUGGUGCGACUACUUCUUUAUCGUCUGAAUUUUGCACUUAGAGCAAAGCGAGCAGGUCUGGUACUCAGACUCUUCGGUCAAAAUCAUUUCAGCAGAUCCGAGCCGUGUCCUUGCCAGUUGGCGAAGCUGAGAUCGCCCACCCGAAUGGGCGAAGGGCAAUGGAAAUCUUCAGAUGCUGCACUCGCGAAUCAGCUGGAUGCAAGAGAUCGACAAGAUGCUGAGCAGCUCAGCUCAGAAAAUCCAUGCUCGAGCGGGCUCCGGAACUACUCGCUAGAGCUGGUUUUGAAGAAGCUCUGAUAUGUCACUGCUCGGCUGUCCACACGAGGAGCAUAAAAUUCCCACGGACCCGGGAAAGAAGCCGAGGGCAAGCACAAGCACAAGAUCGCAGAUGUGGCAACUGCUGAUCACGAUGGCGGAGAUCGAAGCGGCUGGAGCAGGAUAAGCAGGCAACGAGGGCGCUUUCCCGAGAGCUGAGUGGUCGACCUCGCGGUCACGUGGAGGAAACUGUAGUCCAGUGCACAGCGACCCUUUCGGGAUGCCUGGGAAGGAGUGCAAGCCAUCGAUUGUACAAGAAGGGCACCGAGUCCAUUUCGCAGUGAAGUCAACCGCUGACUCGAGGAAACUGUAUCCGAGCUCGGGGACUGAUUCCUUGCUGGACGAUGUGUCGCCUCCAUGAGACCACAAUUGUUUUUGGAGGGAGCAAUUGUUUUUGCAUUUCUCCGCAAGCGACAGACGGAGCUCUGAUGCUAAUUUCCAGCGAUCCACAGGUCCGAUUAUGGAUCACUGAGCUCGGGGCGGGGCGGGGCGGGGCUGGCUUUGUCCGCACAGAGCAGUAGUCUUUUAAUGGCGGAGGCUGGAUGUGCAGGAUGGGAAGGGAGGAACACCUGCACUCGAUCGAUGGCAGUAGAAUAUGGAGAUGCCAACUAGCGCCCUUACUAUUUUGACAUGGAGCCAGUUGGAAUAUUGUUUGCUCCCGACUGUUCAGGUCGCGAUGCCCACAUGCAAACGCUGUGGACGCCCCGGAGCAUGGAGCUCGGUGCGACAAGAACAUGUAGGGAGGGAGAGACUGCUCCCCUGCCACUUCAGCCUGGAUUCACUCAAUUUCCCAUGCUGAGCAGAUCGUGAUCGGGGGGCCAAUCGUGCCUGGGAAUCAACUUCUGCUCUCACGUUCUGUGCGGCAAGGGCUGCUGACUGGAGCAUGAGAGCUGAGAGCUGCGAAUUCUGAUCUGGACUUUCGUGAAAUAAACACAAAAUCGGGGGCCGGGGGAAUUUGUGUUGCCGAGUGGGGCCCCCUCGACGACGACGACGACGACGACGACGAGGAGGAGGAGGACGAGAGCCUUGCGCAUCGAUGUGAUUGUCAACUGCCAGCCUGCUCCUGCUGCAAUCGCCGGCAGCUGGAGCCUCAGAUUCAGGGGAGAGUACAUGAAGACACUACGUAUGCAGGCCAAGAAGUUUGGACACCGCGAAUGGGAUGCGCGGAGACGGAAUUGCCACUUCCACUUGAUUGAUUGAUUGAUUGAUUGAGCACCGAUUGGAGCUUCGCACUCUACUUGAGCAGUUGAGUUUGCACGACCGACAAAUGAUGCUGAUUUUGCGCAAGAGAAGGGUAAAAUACUUGGCAACGAUCGGUCAGUGGUCGUCAGGAUCCCUCGAGGUGCUCCCGCCCAUGGCACGGCGCAAAUGAUAUAUGCCGAUCUCAUCGGGAGAGGAUGGCGAGCUUUAUGGGAAUGGGAAGGAAAAGCUGUAAAACUAUUUGCGAGUCGGACGUGAAGGAAAAUGCUCAUCUGCUGCGCGCACCAUCGUCUCGAUCGCAUUCCUCCAAGUCUCGAUCGGUCAAGGCAAGGAGGAGGAGUUUCUCGCUCUCGAGCAUCAAGUUCCCGGCCACAAGCUUCACAUGCAAAAGCGCCCACAUGCAGCUCGUCGCCAUCAAUCCCAAAUCGACCUGCGUCGAUGCGCAGCCCGACUCGACCACCAUCUCGCCCGCUGGCUCGACGCAGGGCGACGACCCUGGCGCCGCCGAUGCGCAGCCCAGCAAAUGCACCGAGGAGAAUGUCCACGUUCAGCGCGCGGCGGCCUGCUGCUACGCCACUUACCACAAUGCUCGCCAGGCCACGGAAUUGUUCAAAUCGCUCGUCGUGCAGAGGCUCAAUUUCGAGCAAGUGUUUCUGUCCCCGCAGCCGCAGCCCGACGAGGAGGAUUUCAAGCAGAAUGUGCUCGUCGCCACAGCCCUCGAUGGCGACGAGAGGUCGGUCUACGUCGCAUUCAGAGGCAACAGCAAUCUCGCCGACGUCUUCUCCGAUGUGGCCGAGCCCGCAGAGCUCCCAUUGUUCCAGCAAUCGUCCAUCCGCUACGGGCUGAGCCCCGACAUGGGCUCCUACCACACCAAUUUCUGCAAUCGAUUGGGCGACAUGGUUCCCCGUCUCGAUGGGCUGCUCGAAUUCUGCCGCAGCCUCGUCGUGAGCCCGGGCGAUUCGAGCCAGCUGCGGCAGCAGCAGAAUGGCAAUGCGGAUGCAGCAGAUGGAGGAGAAUGCUUGCCUCCUGCUCGUGCUCGUGCUCAUGCUCCCGUGCGCACUCGGCUAAUCUUCUGCGGCCAUAGCUUGGGAGGGGCGCUGUCUCACCUCGCGGCCGUCACGUACCUGCUGUCGAUGUCCAGCGAUGGCCUGAGCCCCAAGCACGACGACGAGUGCUUGUCAAUCACCUUCGGAGCUCCGCAUGCCUUCGACAGCAAAGCUGCCGAGUUUCUGGCCACUCGCAAGGACAUGCGAGUGGCCAAGAGGUUUGUGAAUUUCUUCCAGGCCAAGGAUCCGAUUCCGUUUCUGCUCGGCCGAGCGCCGAUCUCAAAUCAGCUGCAGGAGCAUUUCCAACAGCUCAAAGUCAAGAACGCCGCUUCACUAACGGUGGCAGGCAGAUCCCUUGUCGUCAGGAAGGUGGGCACGAGCAAAGCUCGCACGGUGCUGCACAAGCGAAAGUCUCCAGCUCUGUCCAGGGACAGUCUGCUCAUGGGAUGCAGGAAGGACGAUACUCUCGAUCAGGAGAAGGACGAUGAAUCGGUGAGCACGCACGAUUCGGCCAGAGUUGCGCCCGUCCAGGCCCAAAUUGCCCUGAUUCCCAAGCAGAUCGAUGUCACGGGGAAGAAGAAGGCCAGAAAGGGCGAGAAGCUCCACGACCUCCAUGGACUCGAGGAUCCCGACCUCGUCGAGGAUUUGAAGGACGAGAAGGACGCCAUUGUUGCUGCUGCUGCUGCUCCUCCUCCUCAUCCACCUCCUCCACCGAGCGGCAGAAAGUCGAACAUCAGCAAGAAGGUGUCGGAAUUCGGCAAAGAGGUUGCAGGCUAUGGCAAGGAGAUCAUCCGCAGAGUGACGCACGGCGGCAAGAUCGCCAAAGUGAAGAUGGCGAGCCAGAGGCAGAUGUGGCACCUCGAGGCUGACAUCAAGAAGGCCAGGACCAAGCCCGGCGACGACUCGUCGUCUGCUGCCAAUGUCUUCGCUCCCGUCGGCACCUACAAACAGCUCUCGUUCCCGAGAACCAGCGACAGUCAUGUCGUCACGCCCGUCAAGCAGAAGAAAAUCAUCGAUCAUGACUUCAAGCUCAAGAGGAACACUCUCAAGAUUAACAGAAUGGCGUCCUACUUCAAUCCGCUGGUGAAAUCCCACGGGGCCGAGACGAAGGGCGGUCCUGUGAGCGAGGUCAGCAUCAAGGAAGGCCCACUUCCUCGAUUGGACAGAGCCGAAUUGAUUUUGAUCAGAUGCGAGACGUCCGAGAAGCUCAAGGGGGCCAGAAUCAUCGCCAAGGGCAGCAAUUUGUCGCUGGCUCUGGAGCAGAGGUGUCAAGUGACGACGUUCUCCGACAAAUGGAGGCUCGUGGCGGCCGAUUGCAGCAGCAUCAUCUUCGAGACGCUGCGAGCGACGGACGGCAAGAAUGUGUACGUCUCGCAGGGCGAGCUGAUCGAGCUCGCGAGGGUGGGGCAUGGGAAUCGAGCCACCUCGGUGUCGGUCGAGACGGUGUUCGGCAGAGACUCGGGCGAGUUCUGCCCCGUGCUGCUGCGCGAUCUGGCGGCCGAUAGCGCCGUGAUCGAUGGAUUGAAGCACGCCGUGGGCAAGGUGCUCGUCCUGCUCGAUACAGACGGCCCCAAGGGCGGAGAGCCAGGGAGGAAGAUUCUGCAGCACUUGGCCAAGGCUGCGGAUCUGACCGGGCUCAAAGAAUCCUUCAGCGCCAUAGCUCAGCCCACGAAAGGCACCGUGCACGCGAAGAAAACCGCCAUCGAUCGGGGAUUCAUAGCUCAGCUGAGCUACGCGCUCUGUCACAAACCUAUCACCUUGAUCUUCGAGGCCGACGGUGCCCGCAAGAUCCAGCGAGCAGCACAGCUCGUCCGCCAGCAUCCGUUCACCUUCUUCGCGAAUCCCGAGGCUCACGAGCAAUUCCACAUCGACCCUUUCAUCGAGUCCUUGGAUCUCAGAACGAAGGCUCUCGGCCCUUGCGACCAUGACGGUCAGCUGACCAUCGAGCUCGAUAGCUACGACCAGAUUCUGAGCUGCUUGCAUGCGCUGGUCGUCCUGGAGAAACACUCUGCAGCCCCCGACGGAGGGUCGCAGGAGCAUGCGGAUUGCAUCAAACGAUACGAGCAGGAGCUUUUUGAGGCCAUCAAGGGGUUUUACGAUGGGGACGUGCUGAGGAGGGAGAAGAUGAUGGAGAGCUGGUUCUGUGGAUUGUCGCAGAAGAGCCGAGAUUCGUUGUGCAAGCGUCUAGAGCUGCUGUUCUGGCUGAGCUCGGCGUUCAGAGUGGCCAAGGAGCAGAAAUUGCUGGCUCUGAUCGGACCAGAGAAUGCCGGCAAGAGCACAUUGGCCAAUCUGCUCGGAUGCAAGAGCAAGGAGGCCACGGGGUUCACGGUCCACACGUCCGACAUGAAAAGCUACCGCCUCGAUCGAGACCUUCUGGCGGUCGAUUUCCCCGGCACCGAAGCCCCUGGCGUUCGGAGCUCGCUGUCGACGAUCUGGGAGGCGUUUGCCAAGCUGCCGGAUCGGUGCAUUGUCCUGAUACCAUUCGGGGGGGAUGUCACCGAGGGCAGCCAGGAGCUUCCUCGCCUCGCAGCGCAGAAGCUCUGCCCCGAUGUCAUGCUGCUGGUGAAUCGCGUGGACGGGAUUCUCAAAGGGGGUCCCAGGGCCAGAAUCUGGAAGCAGUACACAAAGGAGAGCAUUGAUGGCUUGCACGACAGAUUCCUGCAAGCGCUGGACACGAGCGAUGUGAAUCUGAAAGAUGUUCUGCUCUGCUGCCUCGAGGACGAGGGACUCUACGAGAGCGAAAAAGUGCAGCUGAAAGAUCGAGGCAUCGUUUUCUCCAAGGAGGUGCGGAAGAAGAUCCUUGACUGGAUUAAGAAUCCCAGCGUCAGGGGGCCGGCGGAUUCAGCAGCUGCAGAAGCUGUUCCCUCGGCGGCAUCAGCGCUCUCGAAUUCUGCCGAGGCUCCCCGCCGCAUCGAGCACCCUGUAGUAAGCGCGCACGCAGCUGACAGGAAACCUGUCCGUGGUGAUGCACUCGUCGAGCGGGCUAGUAUCCCCAAAGCGAAGUCACUGGCUAGUCUCGAUGAACGAGCUCUGAGUUCCUCGAAGCCAAUUGCAGCAGCAAUCUUGCCGCAGCAGCAGCAGCAGCAGAGUUGCAAGCCUUGUGAUCCUCCACAAACGGAUUCAGACGGUGCUUCUCAUGCAGCCAGGAAUGAAUCUGGCCACUCGAGCACCUCAGAAACUGGCGCAAGCCCGAUGUGGAACCCCAAGACACCACCACCAUCACCACUAACUAAUCAACCCACUGCACUCGAAUCUUCGGAGCACAGGGAUCACCUCAUACAACCAAACGCUUCGGAAUCGUCGACCGCAGCGGACGAGAGUGUCAAGAGCGAUGAUUGUCAGGUUCUGGAUCAAGAAGUUUCUGGCGACAGGGACUUCCCUGAAGGGCAAGCGACUUCUUCCGCCUCAUCGACCUCGACCGCGACCUCAGCCUCAACCUCAACCUCAGUCUCGUCAUCGACAUCGACAUCAACGACAGGCUUGCCCAAAAGUUUGAAGCAUCAGGAUGGAUUCGCACACCACAUUACCUCACGAUCGACCAGAGUCAAUCUCGAUCAGUCUACGAGUCUGGAGCCGAGUCCCACUCCAACGCCACCCUCCAACUCUAAGACUGUGAAUCAACAAGGUUCCAGGUCCCGUGGUGGGAGCACGAAGAAACCGAACGGCCAUUCGAGUUCUGUGACCCCCCCAGCUUGGAAACCAUAACGAUGUAUACCCCUGAAACCAGAAGAACCCCAUUUAGAGAUUUCCAGAUUCUCGCGAAUUUCACGUUCGGAUUUACCUCACCUACUUUGUACAAUUUCACUUUCUUGUUCAAAAAACCGUCUUGGUAUCAUUUCGGCCGCUCUGUACUCGGUC